AUGACUGACGCGACAAAUGUAUCAGGAACAUUAACUCGGACGAGCAAACAAUCGGAUCGAGCAACUCCGCAUUAUUUCAGUUCGUUUCAAAACUAUUGUUCUGGUCCGAAAUCGAAAACAACAGCAUCCACAUCUUCAUCAGCAAAAGAUUUCGUUCCUAUUCCAGAAAAAUUCAUAGUGAAAAGUAAUGAAAUACUUUCAACUCUUAAUCAACAUGUCAUCGAACGACUUGCGGACCUUACACAAUAUACCAGUGUAUUACCUUAUGAAGUUUUUGAACAAGAUCAAAUACAAGAUGGUCAACGAUAUCUAGUUGAUCGUAUUAUGUUUAAAAUGAUGACUGAUGCGCGGAUUAUCAAUUGGAUGCCAUCAUUGAAGAAUCUCUAUCCGGUACGAACAUCAGGCAAUGGAAAUUGUCUUCUUCAUGCUGUACUUAUUGCCAUGGCUGGUGUACAUGAUUUUAAUCUGAAUCUACGUGAUCGUUUGCUUCAAUUUAUGGAUAAGAACAAAGAAAUAUUGAAAUCAAACUGGAAGAACGAACGAUUAAAAACUGAUAAGUUGUACGGCAUUCAAUCCGAAGAUCCUGAGCUUGAUAAUGAAUGGGAAGAAUUGUGCGAUCUCGUUCGUUAUGAAAAUUCCGACGAUGGACAAGCAACAUCUAAUCUACAAUUUCUCGAAGGUGUGCAUAUAUUUUCUAUAUCCAAUAUGCUUGCUCGUCCCAUUAUCAUCCUAUCGGAAGAAGUCGUACGAAACAAACACGGUGAAGCUAUCUCAUACAAUGAUCUGUUCGGUAUCUAUUUACCUGCUCUCUCCAGACCACAAGAUUGUAUAUCCGAACCAAUCGUAUUAGCAUACGACCAAUCGCAUUUUUGUCCAUUGCAAGUCAGUAAUAAACAAAAUGGUUCAUCAUCGGACAAUUAUUUGCCACUUUACCAAUCGAUGGAUCAUAUACACAAACAAACUUUACUACCAAUAAGGUUUCUGGGCAAUGACAGUAGUCCGGAAACCGUCGAUAAAUUGUUGCAAACGUACUUACGUAUAAAAGUAUUAUCCCAUUACCCGGAUGUCAAAUCAGCUUCGAUACCUAUUCGAUGUGCCGAGCUAGGUCGCAAAAAUUUGCCCGAAAAACAUGAUUAUAUUUUCAUGUAUUAUCAGUAUCUUGUGGAUUUUUUUGAUACGCAAAAGAAAAAAGUACAACAACAAAAACUAGAAGAAGAAGAAAACCGACGACGUCAGCAAGAUUAUUAUUAUUCGAAUAAUUUAUCAGACAAUGCAUAUCCACGGUUGUCCAAGAAAACCGAUAUUUUAUCUUCUUCACCAUCACCGCCACCUUCGUAUGGGUCAAUCGUUUCCACACGUACAAGUGAAACGAAACCUUAUUCGACUUAUGAACGACGAUCGUCUUAUGAUAAAGCUGUAGCUAACGAAAAUGUCUUCGAACCGCCUAGUUCUACAGCACAAAAUUAUUCGCAAUCGUUCCUCGAUCGUCGACCAUUAGUCAAUACGAAUAACAAACAUCUUGCCAUGAAUCGAAGUGAUUGGGAUUCUCCCCAUGAUGAACAUGAAUCUGGUGCGAAAUCGACAAGUAGUUCGAAUAGUAAUUCGCGAGGAAAUGAUUCCAGAUUUCGACAAGUUGCUCUGGCGUGUUUACGACCCAGGGAACCACCACGACAAACGCCUGCUUAUUCUUCUGUUCAAAUUCCUAUUCACUUCGAGAAAACCAAUUCGCCAUCCAAUCUGAUCGACUUCGAACAAAAGACGGAUAGAAUUCGUCCGUGCAUUGUAUGCAAACUAAAUUUCGAUGAUAUAUCAUCAACAAGAAUAUGUCGCGAUUGUGAUUAUAACUCGAAACAUCCCAUUCGUCCUACUGUUGGUUAUCAACCAACCACCCGAGUACCACCUAUAUAUACAUAUCCACGACUAACAGCAGCUUCUGAUUUCAUUACACCAUAUGCACAUACAACAACUACACGAUUGAGACCUUUGAAUAGGCUUCUCUGUCGACAUUGUAACAAUGUCAAUAUGAUUAAUGAUAGGUACCGUGGAAAUGAAUACCUUUGCUCUGUUUGUCACCGUGAUCUAUAA